AUGAUAGUUAAAUUCAUUUUCAAACUAAAAGAAAUCCUAAAAAUUAGCCAUUCAGAGAUGUCUAAUCUAUAACCUAAGAGCAUUUUUGAAGAGUUAAAGAUGUUAAACAUAAUUUAGCAGAUAACUUGUUUAAAGGGCAUUCAAAAGACUAUUCUUUAUUUUGACAAGCUUUAGACUUUAGUAGAAUCGGAAAGAUAAUAAUAUUGUUUUAAAAGGAUUGAAUUGUGA